UGAAAGCUAAUAAUAGUUUUAUACUGAAACACUAGCUGAAUUGUGACUAAACAUUACAGAUCAUGAGCCUAUGCAGUUCUAGUGCUGUCUGGGAUUCUAGUUACAUUUUCAACUUCCUGUUUGGCUUAGUUUGCACAGUCAAGCCCCUCCCACACUAGUACCCUAGAUUGAAGAGUUUCUCACAAACAUGCAACCAAGCAGAGGGUGAAACUGCAAGAGUUUGACACACCAUAGGACGUACACUAGAGACAAACAAAAAGUGCUGCAAGGGAGGGGGGUCAACUUUUAUUUUCGCCAAUUUUGCUCAGAAGUAGAGAUACAGUGCUCUUGUGUAAGCUUCGAUACCAUCGGUGGCUCGUUCUCGAGGUCAACGCACAGCUGGCCUCGAGACUUGUAUCUCGGACGGAAAUAAAAGUUGACCCCCCCCCCCCCUGAAAAGCUUACAGACACUAAAAGUAUUCUGCAAGGUCAAGUGGUUCCAGCCUCCUCUGGUGAGAAGCUAUAUGCAUGGUUGCGAGGAAACACCAACAACUCCAACAAAGGUGUGCUGAGCCUGUCGAGUGCAUAAUUAUAUAGGUACCAAUAUUAUGUAUUAAACAAGUGUAUAGGUUGUAUGUUCCUAGAUGUAUGCAUGCAAAAUGACCCGGCCUUCGAACACUUAUUAUAAUUUUUAUGUAUUAGUAAAACCAGUAGGUUUUACAUAGGAUUGGCAGUGGGUUUGCCUGUGUUUAGCAAUAUUUCAAUUAUUUUGACUCAUGUUCAAACUGUUCUAUCUCUGCAGGGAAAGGCCACAUCAAGAAACUGGCUGAACAGAUAGUUUAUUUAGCCUUUUCUCUCUUUGUAUCUCUCAUUUCAUAAUCCAUAAACAUUUUAAUGAAUGAAUAUUUUCAUUUUAAAAAUUGCACUAUUUCGACGUUUCACCGCUCUUUGUCUGACUGACUAAGUAAGUAAGUAAGUGAGUAAGUUUCUUGCCCAGCAUUUACUCCAAGUACAGCCAUCUCCAGGACAUUCUGCACAGGGUUUCCAAACGACUACAACCUGGAUUACAAAGCGCUUCUUCAGAUUUGCGAUUGCUUCCACGAGGCAGAUGACCUCUCAGUCUCUAUUUCUCUUACCUAGACAAUUCCGCCAUCUUUAAUGACUCAGCAAUUGCUUUGUGGCCAAUAAUAAUAGAUAGGCGUGGCUAAUAAACGGUGCGCCUAAAAUCAGUGCAGCAGUGCUUUUCCAGAGCCUGAGGUGUUCCUUUUCUUCACACUGUUUAGCUCUAGCUCCCUUUCUCUGACAGGCAUGCUAUAUGCACUGGCUAGAUAUCAUGCUCUUAAAAUGGCUGUCAUUUAAUACUGAUUCGCAAAUUCAACAUAAUUAUCAAGCAAUAAAUUAUUACUCAUUAUACUAUAAUUAUUAGUCCAGAGAUAUUCGAGAAGAUAUCUGAUUAGUCCUGUCUUCUAGUUCUUGUACUGCCUCUUGACGUUCCACUUAUGCAUGUCAUGAUACGUAAACUGUACUGAAAAAGAAAGGGAAUCCGACUAGAAAAACAUUUGCAAUGUGAAAAAUUGCUAGGAUUGGCCAGGGGAACCACAAAAAAGCGUGGGAACAAGAAAUCAGACGAGAGCAUAACUCCAAUCCGUUACAACGUCAUGAACAUGUACAAUACAUAGUAUAUUAAAUAAUAGACUGUGUUCCAGAUCCACCUAUCAGCUUCCAUCCACCACAUCAUUCCAUGCAGUCACCAGUACGGUCCGUGCAUGUUACUACGCAUGGAUGGACUGUGUGUACCUGUGCUCAACACUGCAUGUAUUAGGAACAUCAAUUCAUCACAAAUCAUCAUGAUUAUGUGCCCCACAUUCUAAAAUGGGUGUAUAAUAAAUAUAUAUAGGGAUUGGUCAUCACUCCACCAGUAAAAAUUGCGUGGCAUAUUGGCUGGGAAAACAUGGGAAAACUACCAGUAUACAUGUGAUUGACGUUGUAACGGAUUGGAGUUAUGCUCUCGUCUGAUUUCUUGUUCCCACGCUUUUUUGUGGUUCCCCUGGCCAAUCCUAGCAAUUUUUCACAUUGCAAAUGUUUUUCUAGUCGGAUACUGUGAGAGACUGGAACUAAUUAUUAUUAUCAUUUUUGUGAUUAGUAUGUUUUGUGCGUGGGAGGUCAGGUGACUGACCUCGUGUUAGAAAGAGACUAAGUAGAAAAGAGAAUUGUGUUACUGGGAGCUGAUUUUAAAGUAGGUUACCCUAUGAAAACUAAGCUGAUUUUAAAGUAGGCUAUCUACGAGAGCAAAGUAGGCAACACAGAGUUGCUCGGUUACAUAUUGGUGGCAGCGGUGGGAUUCUUAUCUACUGGUUUGGAUAGACCCAUGAUCUAUGAGUGGUAAAACUCGGACAGGAACGAUAUACAAGAGAACAACACAAAGCGAGGAUCAAGGCAUCACAAGUACCGCUAGUGCUAGUCAAAGUCAGACGGACAUGGCAGAGACAGGCGAACUAACGGUUAUGCUGAAGGCCCUUCUAGAAGAUCGGAGAACUCUAGAGGCUGACUUACGAGAAGAACGCAGAGUUCGGGCUGAAGAAGCAGCCAAGAGAGAUGAAGACAUGCGGGAGCAGAUGGAUUUGCUAUGCGGAUUAGUUGAAGCACACGGUGAGGGCGGCGGCGAACGGAGGGCGGCGGCGAACGGAGGGCGACGUCCCAGGAUCCGAAGGUCGCCAAGCUCACAGAUGCAGACGACAUUGAGGCAUACAUAGUAACUUUCGAAAGACUAAUGACUGCUUAUGAAGUACCAGCGAAUCGCUGGGUGUUCAAGCUUGCUCCUCAAUUGUCUGGCAAGGCCCAGCAGGCCUAUGCGGCUCUAAGUGGGGAGGCUGCGGCAAACUACACCCAAGUGAAAGAGUCCAUCCUUCGUAGAUACGACGUCAACGAAGAAACGUAUAAGAGGCGCUUUCGAACAGCGUCAGUGAGGACUGGCGAGACUGUGAUGGAACUACGAGUGAGGCUGGAGGACCUGGCCAAGAAAUGGUUGAAGGAGUGUGACACUGUGGAUAAACUGCGAGACGCGGUGGUGUUGGAACAGUUUUUAAAUUCAUUACCAGCGGAAGUGAGAGUCUGGGUCCAAGAACACAAACCCAAAACCAGCGAAGCAGCGGCUCAACUGGCGGAUAACUACCUUCAAGCCCGACAAGACUCUGUCGUGAGUGAAGGGUCGUCAACCCCAAACCCUAUUGUGUGUGCAAAGUGCAACAAACGAGGUCACAAGGCACGGAACUGUAGAGUUGGAGUGGAUGACAAAACUAGUUCUCCCCCACCUAGGACGGAAAUACCUAAGAGGGAUCUGAAAGAUAUUACCUGUUUCACGUGUAAUCAGAAGGGGCACUAUGCAUCCAACUGUCCCUCAAAGACGAACCUUAUGUGUGUGGAACGAAGGAGUAAUUUUCAAGGCGAAUCAGAACUGACUCAGCACACGAUGGAGCCGAAGCCUGGAAUUUUCCAAGCAGGGACUAUCGAAGGACACGCAGUGACGGACGUUUGCUUAGACACCGGAUGUACUCGAACAAUGGUACGAGAAGAUUUAGUCCCAGUGGAAAAGUUAAUCGAAGGCGAUUCGAUUGCGAUAUGUUGUGCUCACGGGGAUACUGUGGUGUACCCCCUGGCUAGAAUUCAAGUAGAAGUUAACGGGACUACACAUAAAGUGGAGGCAGCUGUGUCGAAGACACUGCCACUAUCGAUGUUGAUGGGUACCGACGUACCAGUACUACCAGCACUCGUUGCAAAGAAACUGGGUGACUGCCAAGAGGCAGACACAGCCUGGGCGGUCAUGACACGAGCCAAGAAGAGAGCUCAAGAUCAAGCAGAAGCCACUGACCGACGCAACGAAGAAGAGUGUGGAGUACGUCCCAAUGCGGUGUUGACGGGUGGCUGUGAAGACACUACUAACCUACCUGAUUUCGAGGAUGAUCUGUUCGGUGUCGUACGGGAAAAGAGUUUAUUGACUAGAAGUGAAAAACGUGCUCAACGCCGAAGGUAUCAGCCGAUUGACGAACCAAUGGAAGAAACUAAACGAAUGUGUAGUGGGGCGGAAGAAGUUCAGAAACUCCAACAAGAAGACGUGACUCUUGAAAGUAUACGGAAGGCCGCAGAUAACCCCGCUUUAACGGGUGGGGGGUUCUUCAAGAAGAACGGUCUGGUAUACAGACGUUGGCUUCCUAAAGGAAGACCAAGAGGAGAUGAGGUGGAACAACUUGUGUUGCCGUUGAAGUACCGACCCGAGGUACUGAAGCUAGCCCACAAGACCCCAUUUGCUGGCCACCUUGGACGAGACAAGACCGUGAAUCGGAUUAGUCAGAGAUUCUAUUGGCCCACGAUGUUUGCCGAUAUGCGGAGAGUGGUGAAGACGUGCCACGAGUGCCAGAAGACUGCUCCAAGAGGGCGAUUUAAGGCGCCCCUACCCAUAUUUUCAGAGCCAUUCCGAAGGAUCGCAAUGGACAUUGUGAGACGAAUCCAAGCAUUUAAGGUGUACUUGUUGGGCCGACAUUUUAUGGUACAGACAGCUCUGACAUGGCUACACCGGCUGAACUCUCAAUUGACCCGAUGGCUCUACAGCCGUACAACUUUGAAGUCAAGUAUCGAUCUGGAAAGUCGAAUGGGAAUGUGGACGGUCUCUCGCGGGCGUUUGCACCGUAAAACUAAUUCCCCUAGUUUCACGUAAGAGAAGGGGGGAGGUAUGUGAGAGACUGGAACUAAUUAUUAUUAUCAUUUUUAUGAUUAGUAUGUUUUGUGCGUGGGAGGUCAGGUGACUGACCUCGUGUUAGAAAGAGACUAAGUAGAAAAGAGAAUUGUGUUACUGGGAGCUGAUUUUAAAGUAGGUUACCCUAUGAAAACUAAGCUGAUUUUAAAGUAGGCUAUCUACGAGAGCAAAGUAGGCAACACAGAGUUGCUCGGUUACAUAC